AUGACAUGGAAAAAAAAAAGAAGAAGGGGAAGAAAUUCUUGGUUUGCAAAAAAAAGAAGUAGAAGAAUAUGUCGAAGUAUAAAUGUUAAAGUUGAACCUUCUGAAGAUGCACCAAGUCCAUAUACUGAUAUAUCUAUGAUUGAUGACGAAACCAGCCCGAACGACAAGGUUUCAGCUUUUCCAUCGGAUAUGAGAAAUGUUUCCUCUGGAAUAGCAACAUACGUGCCUCAACAGAAACCGGAAUGGAAAAGAUACAAGCAAUACACGAGAAACGAUAUAUUAAGUGCAAUCGAAGCCGUUAGAACAGGUAUGAGCGCUUUGCAAGCAGCUAGAAAAUACGGUGUCCCAUCUCGCACUCUCUACGACAAAGUCAAAAAACUCGGAAUAACUACAAGCAGGCCAUUUAAAAGAGGAACAAACGGUGGAAAUUCAAAUUCAUUUCCCUACAACAUGAGUUCGGGAUUGGGACACGUUUUCGGUGGUGUUUCCGAAAGCGAAGAACCCAUGCCGCCCCAUCCCGGAGGUACGUUACUCGAACCCAUGUUUUUACAACACGCGUUAGAAAGGAGCAAAGGUGAGUUUACGGAAAGGGAAGCACUCAUGGCAUUGGCAUCGGCUCACGCACAGGCAUCCGCGGGAUCGGGAUCCGGAUCGAGACAUUCUGGAAGCAAUAAUAAUUCAUCGCCGGAAAACAACGGAAGAUCUCCUAGCCCGAACAUGUUAUCGAUGAAAUACAUGAGACACGGAAGCAUGACACCAUCACCCAACAACGACGAUCGAAUGGACGAUGAGGAUCAAGUAGAAGAUUUAUCAAUCACGAGAAAAGAAAUACAUCCUCCUCCUCCCACGGGAAGCGUUAUUGUACCCCCGAUGAGGAAAUACUUGAAUAACUCAAUUGCCAUAUCUAGAUCAUUUGUUACGUAG